UAAGUAACUGAUAACUAAAAAAUGCAUUAAGUCUUAAUAUAGCAAUGGCGAACUUCCUUAACAAUUAAUCAUUAACUCUUAUGCGUUAAGGACUCUUUGGAAAUUUAUAUAAUAUAUUCAUUUGAUAAAUAUCAUAAAUAUGACGAAAAUUAUAUCUUAAAAAUGAAUUACCCGGUACAUAGUAGUUGGAAGAACGGUUCUGGUGUAUGGAGUGAGUGGAAUUUUAGAGGGUUGAAGGUGAUAGAACGAAAUGGGAGAGAAGGAAAGGAGAGAGGGAGAGAGAAAGAGAGAGAAAAUAAGGGUGGCCGCAUGCGCAUCCCUCGAAAUAGCGAGUCUCGGUCACCCCUGCUGAUUAUGGAUGUUUAGUAUCGACGUUGUUGCUAACGCGUUGCUUCCUCUCUCGCUUUCAUCCAAAUAAUCGCGCUCAAGAACUACGUGCGAAAAAAGAAUCUCUGCCGUCCUUAGUGCGAAAUAAUGAAUGAUAUCGCGGGACAAAAAUUGGAGCUGCAUAACAAGGCGCGAUUAUGUGUUCGUUUCAUCUCGCUGCGUUAGUAUCUUUCGUCAGCAUUAAUCAUGGUCUGUGACUACAAUCAUCCUGGAGGAGCAACAUGCCGAGCCUCGACUCAAGAAGGACGUGGCGAGAGUGUGCACGUGUCGCGAUAGCAACUGCGACGUUGCUUCUGUUCGUGAAUAACGUGUGCAAUGGCAAUCGUAUACAUGAUACCUCUGAGAUGCUACUGCGGGGAUGUAGAUUGGAAGGCCUUCACCCUCUUCUGAUAGUUACAUAUAAAGAGAUCACUAUAUCUGUAGACAAAAUCACUGUACCUCAUAAUGAGCGCGUUAUGGUACGAUGUCGAGAGUUGGGUAAAUAUAAGUUCAUUGGCGACUCGCUGUUGCACUGCCGCAAUGGUACAUGGAACGGGAAGCUACCUAAUUGCGUGCCUACCACGGCUAUCUCCAAUUACACUGAAGACGUACCACCAACUAUCGAGUUUGGCUUACCUACUGGAUCGGCCGCCGUAGAACCAAACGGAGCACUUGCCGUCUUUCCAGGAAGCAUCCUGCACCUGGAGUGUCUCUUCGCGAGGAAGCUGGGCAAUCCCGAAUGGACAUGGACGUCUACCUUCCGUGGAUAUAUGACGGGAUGGGCAAUUGCUGCUCGAGAGAGAGACUGGAAGUAUCGUUUGUCAAUAUAUUACGCUAAGCCACAUAAUUCCGGUGUAUUCACGUGCACCACGCCCAAAGGAUUGUCAAAUUCUAUACGAGUCCGUGUUAUAGAUGUUCAAUGUUCAGUGUUAACUGUCCCCGAGCCACCGUUGAUAAGUCGCAUCGAGGGCAGUCGAAUGGGACAUAAUGCCAUUUUCGAAUGUCCAAUGGGAUACAGACUAGAAGGUGCUCCCGAUAUAACGUGUCAGUACAACGGAAAGUGGUCAGCAGGUAUACCGUAUUGCAAGAAGGUCACGUGUCCGUCGAUAAAUACUCGUGAUGGUGUAUUGCUGCAGCUGACUGAUCAGAACAAUACUUUUGGCGAAAUAGCUAUUUUUACUUGCAUGUGGGGACAUAAACUCUCUGGGCCGCAAAUUAUAAGGUGCGAAGCUGACGGUAGAUGGAAUGGAUCUAUGCCAACUUGUUUAGAAAUUACUUGUCCUGUGCCAAAAACGCCAUUGAGCGGUAGUAUCGUCGAGCAAACUCGACACUCCAACAAAAAGCAGUAUGUUAACCGAAUAUAUAAAGUUGGUGCAUUGGUGAGAUUUGCCUGUUUGCCAGGUCAUCAAUUAAUAGGAGAGGCUUCUAUCAUAUGUACCGAGAAUGGCACUUGGUCUCAUCCCCCGCCAACAUGUAAGUGUAUGUAAUGAUUGAGAUUUACUCUCUAAGUUUUUUGGACUGAAUUUCCACUCAUUUAGUAUUAUUUAUAUGUUACAUGGAUUCCCUACAAGAUUCCAUUUAUAUUUUGUAAUAGAAAUAUAAUAUUAUUACAUAAAUUAGGUAGUAAAAAUUUUUAUAUAUAUGUUAUUAAUAAUAUUUAAGAGAGAAAUGCAGGUUUUCUAGCGUCUUUAUUUAUAAAUAUACUUUUUAAAAAAUUUUUAAAUAAGUAGAAUAAAAGGUGGUAUUAUGGCUUCUCCUUUAUAUUUUAUACAAUAACUUUGUCAUUAAUCAAUAUUUUAAAUUAAAGAUUUAUGAUUAUAUUUGCCAAAGUAUUGUUUAAUCAAUUUUAGAUUCAUAAUGUUUAUUACUUAGGACAAUAUUUAUAAAAAUAUAGCGAAAUAUAUUUAUAAAAAUGUAGCGAUUUUGUGCAUAAUAGGUCGAAGAGAAAUAGGGAUGGUAAUGUGGCCUCCUCACUAAAUUAGAUUUUUAAAAUUUGUUUUAUUAAAAAAAUUAUAUUUUGUUACAAAUUUAUAAACUUAUUCAAAAUAAAAUCUUAGAAUAGUUUUUAUACAAAAUAAAUAGAUUUUUAAACUUAGCUUUAAUUAUUUUUUUUUAAUUUACAAUACAUGUAACGUGAACUAUAGAUUAUCAGUAGAACUAUAAUUAGCUUAUCAAAUAACUACUUCGACACAAAAACUUCGAAAAAGAAGCAUAUUAUUAGCUUAUCAUGUACGUCUAGAGGACGUAUUAGUAAAACGUUAUGCUAUUAUUGAACUUUGCUUAACAUAAAAUGUGUACAACAUAAAAUGUUAAAUAACAAAAUACUGAAGUGUACAUAUGUUAUGGUUAGUGUAUAUGAUAAUACGCCUAAAUUUAAGAAAAAUAAGAAAAUAUGUAUAAUAACAUACUAAAAUAUACUUUGAGAAUAUUCCAAAAUGUUCCGAAGUGAAAAUGUGUUGUAACUAAUUCCAGUUAUUGUCUAUUGAUAUAUUAGUACCAGUGCGUAAUAGCAGUCUAUUAAACUAAUAAUUACAUAAGUCAUUCCUGGAAUCUGCCACUUAACAGUGGAGAUAUUAAGAGGGACCAAUAUACGAUAUACGAGCUAUAAUAUCAUUUUCUCCUUUAUCUUUAAAGAAUUCACGGCAACAUGAUGAUUAUAAGCUCUAUUGUCCUUUCUUUGUAAUAUAUACUAUUAGAAUCAUGAUAUAGAGUGAAGGAUUCGCUUUACAAUACGGAGCAAAAGAAUUCACUUCACAAUAUAGAGUGAAAGAAUUUAUUUUUGAAUAAAAUUUUAGCCCAAGAAAUUUAAAAAAUACAAUAUAUAAUAUGUAAGUUGUGUAAUUUCGUAAAGGAUAUAAAAAAGAAGCCAAGUGCACGCGCAUUAGCAUUAUUUGUCUUUACAAAAAAAAAAAUCGUUAUAAAUAAAU